GAUUUAUAUACAAUACCACGAUUGCCUUACUCAUUUCUCUCGUCCCAAGUCUUUUGCAUGCGCUGGAUCAACCAUUGAGCUUGUCUGCCGUGCUUGAAUGCUAUUCUUGGUCGCAAUACAUACUCCAUCAUCGCCCUUGAUUGACUGACGCUCGAAAACCGCAGAAGAUGGGAGAAGCCAACCAAGGUGCCUGCGACCUCUCUUCAGAAGCUUCCUCAGCUUCAGCUUCCACGGGUCUUUUUGUACCCCCCAGCAUAGAUUGUACUAAAUUAUUGUCUGGUGAUUCUUAUUCCUACUUUUCACCACACCCUCCCUCGCCCAACACAUUCAAUUCGACUUCCCGGGGUGAAUCACCGCAAGACGACUACCUCGUCCUAGGUAUCGACGAGGCUGGACGCGGUCCUGUCCUGGGCCCGAUGGUAUACAGUGCCUUCUACCUGCCGCACCAGCUCCAGAAUUCUCUUCUUUCUCGCGAAUACAAAUUCGAUGAUAGCAAAGUCCUUACACCAGGAGUGCGCAUGAACCUAAUGAGGUUACUAUGCACACCCGGCAAUCCGCUUUUUGAGUCGUGCGGUUGGGCUACGAAGCUGCUAUCAGCACGCGACAUUUCAUCGGGUAUGCUGCGACCUGGCGCCGGGUCUUACAAUCUCAAUGCUCAGGCAAUGGAUGCUACCGUCGAAAUACUCCGAGGUAUCGUCGAAGAGAGAAGCAUGAACGUUCGGGAGGUCUACAUAGAUACGAUCGGAAAUCCCGUGACAUAUCAACAGAAGCUGGAGAAAUUGUUUCCUUCCCUGAAGAUAACAGUAGCCAAAAAGGCUGAUUCUCUUUAUCCUUGUGUCAGCGCGGCGAGUGUCGCAGCCAAGGUGACUAGGGAUGUUGCUUUGGAGCUAUGCCACGAAGAAGUCUCAAAACGAUGUGAUGCCGAGAACAAUGCCCAGGCUUUCACUACUCAAAGCUGGGGUAGCGGGUAUCCUUCAGACUCGAAGAGUGUCAGCUGGCUUCGAAACAACAUGGAUCCUAUUUUUGGGUGGGGAAACGAAUGUCGAUUUAGCUGGGGCACUGCCAAAGAAAUGUUGGAAGUAAAGGGAGGCUUUAAAGUUGACUGGCCGGAAGAGGAAGAAAACUUACAUAUGAAAGACUUUCUACUAACAUCGGCUGGGGCUAUCUCGAAGUCACACCAUGAAGUGCGAGAAUGGUACGGAUCGAGAGAUCAAAGUUGAUCCCUAGAAUAUACACAUAUACCUGGUACUGAGAGCACUUUCUACGGAACGGGAAUUUGCUAGACGAGAUAAAGCAAUAGAGAAGCGACCUGUGACCAGUCAGGUGCCUGGACUAUCUUAGAUAAAUUGGGGCCAAGGCCAUAGGUGACGAUUAUCCGCACAAAGCUGCAAGGAAAGGAGA